AUGUUGAACAAAACGACACCAAUUUCCUUCAAUCACGAUAAUCAACUCGAUGUUCAUUCCUCCCUCACUCUCCUCCACUCCGAUCUUUCCUCUACCUUCCAUCAGAUUGAUGAGCUUGUUGUGAAAGCGCUUGAAGUGAAGAAGGGUGUAAGCAAAGAGGGGAAAAGAGAAAUGGAAUCGUUCUCCAAUUUGUUGUCUGAAAUGUUGUCUAGUUUGAAGCCAUGGAUACCCAAAUUACAAACUUCACUUUCAUCAACUUCAGUGGAAUCUGAAAGUAAAAGUGAAGAAGUUUCUUGUGAUGAAAGCAAUGUGAGUGACUGUGAAAGUCCUAAAGUGACUGCAUUAGUAUCUCCUUCUCCUCUUGUUUCAUGGCAUGCUAAUUGCACAGUUCAAAGAGGUAGACAAAUGUUUAUGCUCACACCAGUACCAUUAUCAAAAUCAUACUGCCAACCACAACCCGAAUUAGAUUUCACUGAAUUGGCUUCCUCUAGUAAUACUUCAAUACUUUACGGUGUUUUAACGAAACCAACUCCAAUAAAGCCUGCCCUUUCUAUUGUGAGUGAAGAUGCAACAAAUACUGAAGAGGUUGAGUUGAUUUCUUCGCCCGAAUUUUCUCAGAGAGACACUUCCAUGCUUUAUAUGAUGACUCCUUGUUUAAAAAUUUCACCUCCGAAGACUUGUGUUUUGCUUGAAUCCAUACCUGAGAUGCGUCAUGUUGGUGGUAAUAAACAGUUUCGAAAGUCCACUCCGUAUCCUGUCGGAGUUCAUUACAGUGAUUCAGAAGAUUCUGCUUUGGAUCAUGUGUCGCAGGAUUUGGUGUUGAAAUAUCCAGAACUAAUGGCGAUACGGCGUGUUCCUAAGUCGGGAAUUGGAAAGAAAAAUGUGGAAGCAUCGCCUAUUUGGCUUACCUCACCUCCAAAAACUUGUGUUGUGUUAGGAACAUCUGAUGAGAAAUUAUAUGAGUUGGAGAAGGGUGAUAAUGAUUCAUGUAUAGAUAUAUCCGAAUCCAUUCUUAAUCAACAAGUCAGUAAAUUGAAUUUGAAAGAAGAAAUUUCCAAAGGUCAUAAUCAAGCCAAGAAAUCUUGUAAAGAUCAUUUUGUUGGCGACUUAUCACAUAUAGAGAGCACUCCCAAGUGGCUGAACCCUGAAAACACAUUACAAAGAGGGAAACGUGCUGGUGAAAACACUUUGAAGAAGGAAUUAUGGGCAAAGUUUGAAGAAGCGUCCUCUUGUGGAUUUGAGCCCAAGUUUCACACAGGUAGUAAGAUGUCUCAUAAAGGUUUUCUUGACCUACUGGAAGAAGCUUCCUGUGAUAAGUAA